AUGGUGCUUCCGGGCCUUCUGGAGACUUUGGGUCGAUCCGAAAAGAGCUCUGAGAGGAGGAAAUCGGAAUGGAGCUCUGCCCAGGAGUACAUCGUCGAGAAGAUGGGUGCCGAGAAUCUGCGGAUCACACAGCUGCGCUUGGUGACGGCCUUGCUUUGGACGCUGAUUGCUUGCUGCACCAUCUAUCGGCGCUUCGACUUGCCACAGCUACGCUGGGUGCUCAUGCUGCACCACCUCAUGGCAGCUGUUGGGGUGGAUGAGGCCAUCCUCAUGUCCUUCGCCGCCUCCGAGCCCUUCGCCCUUCGGCUGCUGCGUCCCGGCACACCGGUCACACCCUGGAUCCCACGACUGCUGCCGCGCAAGCAGACGGUGCUGGGAGCUGGCGUUUAUGCCGGCUGGGUGCUUUUGGCAGCUGUCCAGUUAAUCACGUACCGUGUCGCCGACCAGGACGUUCUCCUCUUCACUGGCAUUUUCCUGCUUGCUUGCAUUUUUGACCGAGGCCUGUUCCACUCCACGAGACCCUCAGACAUCCUCAAGUUCCUGGUGUCUAGCUUGCUUCGACCUGACAGCACUUACAUGCUGCUGGCAUGUUUGUACUUUUGGUCAGGUUUCUACAAGGUCCGUGGAUUCUUCCAUGGCUUCGUGUUUCAGUACCAAUUCCUCAAUUUCUCGGGCGUCUCUUGGCUCUUCCGUCGCUGUUACCUCACCCAGGACUAUCGGCCUCGGCCCUUCAGUCGACUCUUCGGGCAGUUCGGCGCUUGGCUGGAGACCUUUGCCGGUCUCGGCAUGAUGCUGUCAGCUUUACCCCACCUUGGUGUGGUGUUCGUGGUCCUGGCGCUGGCCAUGCACGUGUUCAUUUUCUUCUUUGGCAUGGGCCCUUUCCGCUGGAAUGUCAUGACCUGCUACAUGCUGCUGUGCUCCACGAAGCUUCGAAUGGAGUCAGCCGGAAUGCCAGGUGGCGAGGCGUGGACGUUGCCAUCCGUCUGCUGCGCGCUCUACGUGGGUUUCUUCGGGUGGGUGAUCCCGGGCAUUGGCUGCCUGGACCCAGAGGCCUUGGGGCGCUACUUCGGCGGCUACCGCAUGGCCACCUUCCACUUCGCCGGCAAUGAGAUGUAUCAUGCGCUGCUGGUUUGCAAGGACUACCUCACCAGCCUCGAGCCUUCUGGACCGGCUGGCUCCGUCCGAAAGCUCUUGCUGGAGCGGCGGCAAGACUACCUGCGUCUCAGCGAGGAUCUGGAUCUCUUCACGGCGCUGCUCUACUCGGAUGGCCUGGAUGUGGAGGGAGCCUUGCGGCGCGGUUUCCGAAGGCCCUCGGGGCUUGAAGACUUCGAGGACUUCGAUCGGAAGUACAUGUUUGUGCCCAUCACGUGGUUGAACUGCCGUGGGCCUUUGCUCAACACCAAGUGGGAUGAGUCCUUGCCCAUUACUGAGAGCUUCGUGGAUUUGGUCGGCGAGGCCCUGGGUUUUGAGAGUCGGAUGCCUCGAGGCGCCAUCUUGGUCUUUGUGGCACAUCCCAUGGUCUGGAUGGGCGGCCAGCGGAAGCUCCUGGAGCUCUUUGACCUGACCGACUCCAAGUGGUGUGAGCAUCGCUGGCGGGAAGAGGUGGACCUGCCCUGGACGCAGGUGACGGAGGAGCUGGAGGACAAAAAGAAGCCACUGCUUUGA